GUGUGUGUGUGUGUGUGUGUGUGUCAGUAGUUGACAGUCUUAUUGCUGCAGUAGACGUCUUCUUUCCGCGUGAUUGAGUGCGUGCAGUGGUGAUAGCGCUAGUGGUGAGCUCGAGCAUGACGGGGAAGACGGUGAAACAUCGCAUCACACCUCCACUACUUUCAAAAGGCUCUAGUUGAAGUUAUACGGGUUUUCAAGGAUGUUUUUUAUGGCUCUACUGAGAGAUUAACAACCUUUCCAUAUCAUUAACACAAGAUAGACUUGAGAAUCCGGCAAGAUUAUCUCUGUGGCCUUUGAAAAACAAUCAUGGUGAGAAAGCAAAGCGUUUCUGAAUACGAGCCACAGUGACGUGAUGGUGGUAGUGGUAUAACUACUGUCGUGGUGGUGGUGGUGGUGGUGGCUGCAGAAUGGGGUGCCGCUACUCUAAGGCUACCGGGUGCUACUCCCUGACGUGCUGCUUCUGCGUGGAGGCUGACGAGGCGUGUUGGUGGAUCGGAGCAGUGGGCGUGAUAUGGGGCACCGUGGCUAUCUUGCUGGACUUCAUAUCAGCUCACCUCCCGGAACAUUACUGCGAAAACUGCCUUGACCACACCCUCAACACUAAGCUGAGUCUGGCAUCGGGCAGCAUCAACGCCGCACAGUGGAUGGCGAGCGUCCUUCUGCUACAUGGCGCAAGGAAGGAAAACAAGUGGUUACUGGUGCCGUGGCUGGCGUGCAGCGUGGUGAGCCUGGCCAUGCUGGUGGCGUGGGUGGCGACCACGCUGCCCCGUACACCCUCUCUGCGCAGCAUGGUCUCCCUCAUCCAGCUAGCGUGGGGCAUUCACUUCUUCCUGGUGGUCACGACCCACUACAGACGGCUGGCCCUGAAGUUCGUGCUGCCCGAGGAAGCGCCCUUAAUCGUGCCUCCAAACACGCCAACCAAGCGACAUAAGCUACGACGGCGGCGGCUGGACCCAGGCUGCCAACCCGCCAUCAGGGUGUUGCUGGGAGCUGCCCUAAGAUUGCACGGCAACCUGCAGAGUGGCGCGCCGCAGGACGAGGACGAGGACGAGGACGAGGACGAGAUGGAGAUGCAUAUUAUUGUGGGCAGUGACGUAGGCGAGGCAAGGGAUGAAGAGGAAAGUUUUAGAAGACGUGGACGGACGACGAUGCGUGAAGGAGGGAUGGCUGAAGGUGACGAGACGAGAAUGGAGGAGCGACUUAUCAUCAUGCACACUUCGGAGCGUCACGUGCUGGGCAGAGUGGAGCACUGCUCACCACACCGCGGCGAGGAUGAGGCAGCGGGUGCAAAUGCGGGGCGGGACGAGGCGACAUCAGGUAGCCGCGGCGAUGUUGUGGGAGUCCCUUCAUCCCCACUUCACUCCGACAAUACAGACUGAGCUCCCCGUUCCUUUCAAGCCCACAGACUGAGCUCUCUCUGACUUCACGCCCACAGACAGAGCUCCUUCACGCCCACACGUAAAACGGGCUCUAGCCAAGGACAACAUAGAGUCUUGAGCAAGACUCCGCGGAAGAGGAUAAAGGCAUGCAGUCAGCAAAAUCAGAAGAGCAAUAUAUAUAUAUAUAUAUAUAUAUAUAUAUAUAUAUAUAUAUAUAUAUAUAUAUAUAUAUAUAUAUAUAUAUAUAUAUAUAUAUAUAUACCGGAAGAGCCCAACGGAGAGGACAGGGGGACACAAUAAGGAGAAGGAUAGAAUGUUAACUUUCUGUAUCCCCACGCCUAUAGACUGGAUUUCUUUUUGUUUUGCAUUCUACCCAAUUCUUAAAACAACGGAAUCAUGAAGCACUGCACUAUUCCGUGAACAUCCGAAAGUUUAAGUAGCAAGUCCUGUGCCUUUGAAACCUGCAACACCGUGAGUCAGUGGCCGUCUGAGGAGGGCCUUGCUUGAAUUUUUUGCUGGUGGACCAUGAUAUCUUUCAUGCACCGACGAUACCUGGCAAUUGACAUGAAACUUCACUUGAGGUAGAGAAACAUUUGAGGUUCUUGUCUAAACAGCUGCGGAGAACAAUGAAGAUUUCUUUAACGGCAAAACAAAAAUGAGAUAUGAUUAAGAUUGCUUUGCCUCCCAACCUUUACAAAUGAGACUCUUCGCUAAGUUAUUUCUCUUGUUUCAUGUUGCCUACUAUGUGAUGGCCUAGUGGCGCCUGAGGACUCAAGGUACACUGCUCUUUGUUUAAGCAACCACUGUAAGAAUAUCAUAUGCUGUUUUUGACAGAUUACUAAUAAGUGUACAUAAUAUUUUUGUGUACGAGUGUAAACUGAAAUAAUAAAGUGAAAUUCUGUG